GCAGAUGUCACUGUCACCGAUUCUCGAUUUUUCAUAACAAUAAUUUUCCUGAAAACAUCUGGAAAACGUUUGUGUGCCAAACGAAAAAUUCGCCUUAUUUUCCUAUAAAAAAAGUCCGAUUUACUGUAGAAAAGUGAGGCUUGUGAUUGUCAUGUCAACUGCAGCACCAACCAGUCUAAUCCUUUAGAGAUGCUCCAACCAACCAGAUGUCAUCAUUCAACAAAAAUACCAAUAGAAACAUGUUGUUUUUGCUCCUCUGGACCCACCAAACUUCUUGACCUCUGUUUCAAAUUUAUCAACAACAACCUAGACUCAAUUAGCCAAUACUGUGGCUAUUCAGGUUAUUUAAAGCUUAAAGAUGGAAUCUGCCUUCCUGUAGAAAUAUGUGAAAAACUUCUAGCUGUUCAUUCACACAGUUUAUGCAAUAUAGAUUCCAAUUUUAUUAAUAUAUUUAAAGAUACAAAAAACACCAGAUUAAAAAGAGUAUGUAUAAAGAAUAGCAAUAUAUUUGAUCAUGACUUAGAAGUUCUGUUAAGUCAUCAUUUGUUAGAGCUAGAACUGAUACAGAAUAAUAAGUUGACACACAAUGCCAUCAAACAUUUUAACAAUUACGGCUCAAGUUUGAUCUCCUUGUCAAUAGGAGAAGAUGUAAAUUUUUUCCCUUUUACUCUUUUUGAAUCUAUGGAAUACUGGCAGAGGAGUUAUAUUCUUAAUACACCAAACCUACGCCGAUUUACAUUAAAAAGUUGCAGAAGUAUGACUAGUGAUUUCUUUAAAGUAUUGCUGCAACCAAUGAUAAAUCUUACUCACUUAGACCUGAGCAAUUGUGGCACAUUUGGCAGCAACUUUAGCUGUGCAGAACAUCUAGUCAACUUACGCAGCUUAAUAUUAUUUAAUGUUAGUAGGAUACAUUCAAUGGUGCCUGCCAUUUGUAGGCUUGAAAACCUAACGCACCUAGAUAUAUCUCAAACUAAAGAGGAAAACCAAAAAUUUCCUGAGCCAACAGCUACUAUGACUUGUCUGGUGAAUAGUUUGUCACAUUUGGUCUCUUUGGAUAUUUCUGGGACAAAUUUAGCUGGAACUGGAGUCGCAGAGACAGAUAAGGCUUUGAAGUGUGAUAUACCCGGACUGAUUUCUAGGGUGAAUAACCCAUUGAAUUUUUUGGGGUUAUAUGAAACAUUACAUGAUGCAUGUUUGAGACAUGAUAUUCCUGCUAAGCUGAUUGCUGGUAAUGGCAACGAGGAACAAGUCCUAAUAUCUGCAAUGGCAUACAUGGAUAGAACUGAAGUCCUACAAAAAGUCCUCAAUGAACUAUUUCACUUAUUCAGGUUUGGCAGUUGUCAGUUUGUAGGCCAAGCACUGAAUGUGCUGUUAGAAGCAAUGACUAAGCAUCAGCACGAAAGACAAAUCCAGAUUACCGGAAGUGCUACUUUAUUUUAUAUUGUCAAAGGUACUGAUAGAGAACUACAUGAUGCAAUACAUGUAAAACGGCAAAUAAUUUCAACACUUUUAAAUGGUAUGAGUGUGCAUAGGAAUGAUGACACCAUGAUGCGUAAUGGUUGUCUUACUCUAUGCCAGUUUAAGAUACCUGUGGAUGUGCUCUUUGAAUACGAACGACUUGUGGAUGUAUUGCUUUACUCAGUACAUGGAAUCGGGUCUGAAAGUUUUGUUCAAAGAAUUGGAAUAUAUUUACUGAAUUCGUUGGCCUGUCAAGUAGAUGGACAGCAGAAGGUUAGGUUGGGAGAAUUGGGUGCAAUAAAUAAAAUGAUUUGGUUAAUAUCAGAAAGACUCGAGCAUGGAUAUUGCGAUGACGUUUUAGAAGUUGCUUGGUCGACCAUGUGGAACGUUACAGACGAAACCCCGUCAAAUUGUCGGAAAUUUUUAGAGAAUAGCGGAAUGGAGUAUUUUUUGUCCUGCUUGAGAAGCUUUCCUGAUAAAGAUGAUUUGCUGCGUAACAUGAUGGGACUGUUGGGUAACGUGGCUGAAGUAAAAGAGUUGCGGCGUUACCUUAUUAUUCCCAAAUAUCUCUCGGUGUUUUCGGAUUUGCUGGAAUCUAACCGGGAUGGUAUAGAAGUCAGUUAUAAUGCCGCUGGUGUGAUUUCCCAUAUCGCUUCAGAUGGUCCAGAUGCUUGGAACGUAGAGGAACCGUCUCGGCAAAGCGUUUUAAAUAGAAUGACAAAGGCUAUCGAGAGUUGGAACUUAAAUGCUACAAGAAAUAUAAAUUACAGGUCAGUAGAACCUAUAUUGCAUCUUGUGAAAGUAUAUCAUACCCCGGAGUGUCAACGAUGGGCUGUGUGGGCUGUGGCGAACCUUACCAGAGUGUAUCCUGAUAAGUAUUGCAAUUUAUUAGAAAGGGAAGGAGGUUUAGAACUUCUUCAAGAGGUAUUAAAUCACCCUGAUCCACCAGCUGAUAUAAAACAGCUGGCCGCCUUAGUUAUAGAAAACUGUUGGAAAUACAAGAACCACGAGUGGCGACAGGAGCUAGACGGAUAAUUAUUGAAUUAUUUUAUUCGUGUUUGGUUAAUUUAUUGAGAAUACUCAUCAAAGCGAACUGAGUUAUAAGGCUUUAUUUUAUUGUGUGAUAUAUUAAGUAAGCACAGCCAGAAGAUUUCCCGUUCUUCUUAUACGAAAAUCUCGGUUCUAACUAAGCUUUAUUAACUGAACAUCAAGCUCAGUACAAAAUAGAAUUUUAUUUACUGGUGAAAUAUAUCGAAAAAAAUAAGAAGCAAUUGUGUUUUUGCUAUCAUAACCUGUUACCAGUCAUGUUAAAAAAUAAAAUAAGCUCAGUGCAUGCUUUCUCUUUAGUAAAGCAAUUCUGUUUCGGACUGUUUUAUGAAAACAGGAUAGUUAAUUUUUAUUGUACAUAUUUAAGUUAAAAUAAUAAAUGAAUCCUCUGUUUGCUGAAUCUUUAGUUCAGGUUCAACGUUUUUUUGUUCUGCACAUACGGUAGUAAACCGGCUUUUAUAUAUUGUUAGCACUAUUUUUACCUACGCUACUUAAUAAAUAGUAUAUAUUUAGAAA